UCUGCCUUUGUCACCCUGCUUUGAUCUAAUCCCCAUAGUUUUUUCAUUCUGGCUUUCUUGGGUGGAUUGGGCUGGGGCCUCUCUGGGGUUUCCACUUUACAGGAUCUUCUGUGAAGUAUCAGAUCAUUGAAGGGUCUUUUUCCAGGUUUCUUUGUGAGAUCUUAGAUCAGGGGUUACACUGAGGCCCUCUGCUAGGUCUCUCAGUCUGGGGAUGGGUCCUUCUUUGGGGGUCUAGGCCAAGGAGUAGGAGGUGUGCUCGUAGGGGAACUGCAACAGAGUCCUGAGUUUACAUGUGGGGGCACUGCAACAGAGUCCUGAGUUUUCGUUUCUGUUUUUCCCAAAGUUCUGGAUUCGAAGAGGACUAAGGAACAAGAGGAGUUCUUGAGUACACAGUUCCCCUGAGUUGUGGUACUGGGUAGGGGCAGAGGUUUGCCAUAGGGAAGGUGGGGUGGCAAGACAUCCCAGGGCUUUUCCUGCCUCUGGCAUCAGCUUCUCUGGCCACACCCUGAUCCUACCUAACCUUUCCAGGCUGGUCUGAACAUUCUUGGAAGCAAGGCCUCUGAGGACUGUCCCACUUUUUUUUUUUUUUUUUUAAGACAGCGUCUCACUUUGUUGCUCCAGGCCAGAGUGCCCUGGCAUCAGACUAACUCACAACAACUUCAAACUCCUGGGCUCAAGUGAUCCUCUUGCCUCAGCCUCCUGAAUCCAAGAUGUCCAGUCCUCUGGAGCAGGCACUGGCUGUGAUGGUCACCACCUUCCACAAGUACUCCGGCCAAGAGGGGGACAAGUUCAAGCUGAGUAAGGGGGAGAUGAAAGAACUUCUGGAGAAGGAGCUGCCGAGCUUUGUGGGGGAGAAGGUGGAUGAAGAGGGGCUGAAGAAGUUGAUGAGUGACCUUGAUGAGAACAGUGAUCAGCAGAUGGACUUCCAGGAGUAUGCUGUGUUUCUGGCCCUUGUCAGCACCAUGUGCAAUGAAAUCUUCCAGGGCUACGCCCACUACCCCUGAAGCAGAGCCCUUGACUCCCUGCCAUGGUUGGAGCUCUUGGUCUGGGACUGCCAAUCCCUUUUGGUUUUGUACUCAAUACACUUUUUUUUGUUUGUCGAUAAUGUUCUAAGCUGCUCAGCGAUGUCCCACAGCCCGACUGGCUUAGUUGGAGCCCUGGGAACCAAGUGUCUCCUGUGUCCCAUUCCCUUCUGAGCUCUGAGUCACCUGAAAAUCUCUCCAAAGCCAGAGCUAUGCCUUAGGUCCCAACUUUGGAGUUCAAAUACCAGUAAAAAAGAACCCCCCCCACACAAAUACUAGUAAAAAAUUUGGAAAUUGAAAUAGGUUGCCAAUAUUUUAUUUUGCCAAAUAAAGACAUCAAAAAAGGCAAAUAACCCCACCCAUCACUAUCAUUUCAUAAAAAGAAGGAAUCUCAGUUCCAAUACAGAAGGAAGGAUAUAGUCUGAUGACGAAGGACAGAUUAGAGCACUCAUUACUGUGAGCAAUGAGUUGGCACUAGGACCUACGCAAGAGAUGUAAAUCAGCCAACUCCACAAAGCUUCGUUUUAAGGACUCCUUGUCAGAUUACAGACCAUAAGCAAUGCUGUGGUUUGAGUGUGUCCCCAAAGUUCAUGUACUGGAAGCUUGGCGUCCAGAGCAGCACUGUUAAGAAGUGGGACUUUUAAGAGGUGAUGAGGCCAUGAGAGCUCUGCCCUGGUGAAUGGAUUAAUGCCAUUCUAGGGGAACAGGGCUCCUUAUAAAGGAUGAGUCCCCCUGCCCCAUGCUGCCCCUUCUCUUUGUCCUCCUACCAUGUAGUGAUGUGGGAAGAAGGCCUUCACUAGAUGCUGGCCCCUCAACCUUGGACUUCCCAGCCUUCAGGAUUGUGA